AGGAGCAUGGCAACUCGUGUGCUUCAAAGUGGACCGGAGGCGGGGGCGAGGAGCCGUGGUGGCUUCGAGAUGCCGAGGGACCCCGGCGGCAGUACGGCUUCAUGCAGCGGCAGUUCACCUCCAUGCUGCAGCCGGGGGUCAACAAAUUCUCCCUCCGCAUGUUCGGGAGCCAGAAGGCGGUCGAGAAGGAGCAGGAAAGGGUUAAAACUGCGGGGUUCUGGAUCAUUCACCCCUACAGCGACUUCAGGUUUUACUGGGACUUAAUCAUGCUCAUAAUGAUGGUUGGAAACCUUGUCAUUAUACCUGUUGGAAUCACAUUCUUCACGGAACAAACAACAACACCAUGGAUUAUUUUCAAUGUGGCAUCAGACACUGUUUUUCUAUUGGACUUGAUCAUGAAUUUUAGAACUGGGACUGUAAAUGAAGACAGCUCUGAAAUCAUACUGGACCCUAAAAUCAUUAAGAUGAAUUACUUAAAAAGCUGGUUUGUGGUUGACUUCAUCUCAUCAAUACCAGUGGAUUAUAUCUUUCUCAUUGUAGAAAAAGGAAUGGAUUCAGAGGUUUACAAGACAGCAAGAGCACUUCGUAUUGUGAGAUUUACAAAAAUCCUCAGCCUGUUGCGUUUAUUGCGCCUUUCAAGACUGAUUAGAUACAUACACCAGUGGGAAGAGAUUUUCCACAUGACGUAUGAUCUGGCCAGUGCAGUGGUGAGAAUCUUUAAUCUCAUUGGAAUGAUGCUCCUGCUGUGCCACUGGGAUGGUUGUCUACAAUUUUUAGUACCAUUACUCCAGGAUUUCCCACCAGAUUGCUGGGUGUCCCUAAACGGUAUGGUUAAUGAUUCCUGGGGAAAGCAGUAUUCCUAUGCACUCUUCAAAGCCAUGAGCCAUAUGCUCUGCAUUGGUUAUGGAGCCCGUGCCCCUGUCAGCAUGUCCGACCUGUGGAUAACCAUGUUGAGUAUGAUCGUGGGGGCUACUUGUUAUGCCAUGUUUGUUGGUCAUGCCACUGCCCUCAUUCAGUCUCUGGAUUCCUCACGACGACAAUAUCAAGAAAAGUACAAACAAGUGGAACAGUACAUGUCAUUCCACAAGUUACCUGCUGAAAUGCGCCAGAAGAUCCAUGAUUACUAUGAGCAUCGCUACCAAGGCAAGAUCUUUGAUGAAGAAAACAUUUUGAAUGAGCUCAAUGAUCCUCUUAGGGAGGAGAUUGUCAACUUCAACUGUCGGAAGCUGGUUGCUACAAUGCCUCUUUUUGCUAAUGCAGACCCAAAUUUUGUGACUGCCAUGCUAAGCAAACUGCGAUUUGAGGUGUUUCAGCCUGGAGAUUAUAUUAUCCGAGAAGGGGCUGUGGGUAAAAAGAUGUAUUUCAUUCAACAUGGUGUUGCUGGUGUCAUCACCAAAUCCAACAAGGAGCUGAAACUGACAGAUGGCUCUUACUUUGGAGAGAUCUGCCUUUUGACCAAAGGCCGUCGAACUGCCAGUGUAAGAGCAGACACAUACUGUCGCCUGUAUUCCCUCUCAGUGGACAAUUUCAACGAGGUCCUGGAAGAGUACCCCAUGAUGAGAAGGGCCUUCGAAACAGUGGCAAUUGAUAGGCUAGACAGGAUAGGGAAGAAGAACUCAAUCCUCCUGCAGAAGUUCCAGAAAGACCUCAACACCGGCGUUUUCAACAAUCAGGAGAACGAGAUCCUGAAGCAGAUCGUGAAGCACGACAGGGAGAUGGUGCAGACCAUCGCCCCGGUGAGCCUGCAGCAAAUGCCGGCCCUCAACUCCAGCACCUCGGCCUCGUCCUCGCGCGGCCGGACGCAGUCGCCGCCCGUGUACAGCACCAGCAGCCUCUCCCACGGGAACCUGCACUCCCCCUCGCCCAGCACGCAGACGCCCCAGCAGGCUGCCGUCAUCCUGUCGCCCUGCUCCUACACCACAGCCGUCUGCAGUCCGCCGGUACAGAGCCCGCUGGCCGGCCGAACUUUCCAGUACGCCUCGCCCACCGCCUCGCAGCUCUCCCUGAUGCAGCAGCAGCAGCAGCAGCCGCAGCCGCAGCAGCCGCCGCCGCAAGCGUCCCAGCAGCCCCCCGGCGCGGCGCAGAAGAACGAGGUGCACAAGAGCACCCAGGCCCUCCACAACACCAACCUGACGCGGGAGGUGCGGCCGCUCUCGGCCUCGCAGCCCUCGCUGCCCCACGAGAUCUCCACGCUGAUCGCCAGGCCUCACCCCACCGUGGGCGAGUCCCUCGCCUCCCUCCCGCAGCCCGCCCCGGGUCCCGGCGUGCCCCCGGCCGGCCGCGCCUCCGUCCCGCAGCGGGUCUCGCUCUUCCGACAGAUGUCCUCGGGAGCCAUUCCCCCGAACCGGGGGGCCGCGCCGCCCGCUGCUCCCCUGCAAAGGGAUUCUUCCACAGUCUUAAGCACAGAGCCCGAGGGAGACAAACCGCGUUUCGCCUCAAACUUAUGAUCCCUGAUGACUGUGAGCAACAGACUUUCAACAAACCGAGCACCAUCCCCCGAACUGUUGUAGCCUGUUUCCUAAUGUUCCCCAGCAGUCUACUAUGAGAAAAAUACUUUAGACAGCUUUGCCCUAUGUAACGAAUGUAAAAAUUAUAUAUGUAUAUGUAUAUACAUAUAUAUGUAUACAUAUAUAUAUUAAAAGAAUUAAAAAAACUUGUUUGAAUUCAUGUCUUCCUUCCUCUCAACCAUUAAAGAAAAUUAAAUUUAGCUGUAAUGUUUUUAAUGUGUUGACUUCAAAAUCAGCCUAAGAGCUGUUCUCUGUCUAGGGGAUCUGCUAUUUUCAUUAUUGUCAACACAAUAACAAACUUCAAACAAGUAUAUUAAAAAAAAAAA